UCUGACGGACCAAAACAUCUUUCGGAAAGUUGACGUGGAGGAGUUACUCUACAACCAUGGCUGAUACUAAAGUAGACAUUUCAAAUGAUAAUUCCGCUGUCAUACAGAACCCAAAUGCUCCUUCCCAACCCAAUAAUCCGCUCUCAAGAAAGCUGAACAAAAUACUGGAGACGAGGCUCGACAAUGACAAGGAGAUGCUGGAGGCUCUGAAAGCGCUCUCCGUGUUCUUCACUGAAAACAGUCUCCGCACCAGGAGAAACCUCCGUGGAGAUAUAGAGAGACGGAGCCUGGGGAUCAACGAGGAGUUUGCACGAAUAUUUAAGGAAGUUAAAGAGGAGCUUGAAAGUGUUCAUGAAGAUGUCCAGGCCAUGAGUACAUGCUGUGAAGAAAUGACCAGUAGAUUAAAGGCUGCAAAAGAGCAAACUCAGGACCUCAUAGUAAAAACCAACAAGCUGCAAGGAGAAAAUCACCGUCUGGAGGUGAGAGCUCAAGUCGCUCAGGCUUUCCUUGCCAAGUUUCAGCUUUCAACUGAAGAGAUGGCCACACUGCGAGGGGCUCGGGAUGCAACCAUAACCGAGGAUUUCUUCAAAGCUCUGGCUCGAGUGAAGCACAUCCACGAGGAUGUGAAAAUCCUGCUUCGAACCAACCAACAGACCGCAGGGUUAGAGAUCAUGGAGCAGAUGGCCGUGUUACAGGAGACAUCGUAUGAGCAGCUCUAUCGUUGGGCUCAGAAUGAAUGCAGAGGACUGACCCAAGAGACCUGUGACAUCAGCCCUGUGUUGACACAAGCUAUGGAAGCCCUGCAGGACCGACCGGUCCUUUACAAGUACACGCUGGAUGAGUUUGGGACUGCACGCAGGUGUGCCGUGGUACGAGGUUUCAUUGACGCACUCACGCGUGGUGGGCCAGGAGGAACGCCCCGCCCCAUAGAGAUGCAUUCACAUGAUCCAAUGAGGUAUGUUGGGGACAUGCUGGCCUGGCUGCACCAAGCCACAGCCUCAGAGAAAGAGCAUCUAGAAGCUCUGCUCAAACAAGUCACUCUGCAAGGUGUGGAGGAGAACAUGCAGGAUGUGGUCGGGCACAUCACUGAGGGAGUCUGCAGGCCACUGAAAGUUCGGAUAGAGCAGGUCAUUGUGGCUGAGCCCGGCGCUGUGCUGCUUUAUAAACUCUCCAACCUGCUCAAGUUUUACCACCACACCAUCAGCUCUAUAAUAGGGACCAGUGUGGCCUCACUGCUCAUCACUAUGGAGGAAAUGCACAUCCUCAGCAAAAAGAUGUUCUUCAACAGCCUUAGCCUCCAUGCAAGCAGGCUCAUGGACAAGGUGGAGCUGCCACCUGCAGACUUGGGACCCACAGCCUCCCUCACUCAGACCCUCUCCCUCCUCAGAGAGGUGCUGGCUUCACAUGACUCAUCAGUCGUCCCUCUGGAUGCUCGCCAGGCUGAUUUUGCUCAGGUUCUCUCCUGUAUCUUAGACCCUCUUCUUCAGCUGUGCACCGUGUCAGCCAGUAACCUGGGCACUGCUGACAUGGCAACCUACAUGGUCAACUCGCUGUACGUCAUGAAGACCACAUUGGCUCUCUUUGAGUUCACUGAUAAGAGGCUCGAGAUGCUUGAGUUCCAGAUCGAGGCUCAUCUUGACACCCUUAUCAACGAGCAGGCGUCCUACGUGCUGACCAGAGCUGGGCUGAGCUACAUCUACAGCUGCGUGCAGCAGCACAGCGCUGAACAGGGUCCUCUGUCCCUCCUCCCCAGCAUGGACAGCUCCUCUGUGAAAGCAGCAAUGGUCCAGUUUGAUCGAUACUUGUCAUCGCCUGACACUCUUGUGAUGCCGCAGCUCAACUUUCUGCUCAGUGCAGCUAUCAAGGAGCAGAUUUUCCGUCAGUCCACAGAGCUGGUGUGCAGAGCCUACAGUGAGGUUUACACAGCGCUGACCAGCCCAGAAAACAGCUACAAAGACCCAGAGAACCUGGUACCCAGAUCACCUCAGCAGGUUCAGACCUUGCUGUCCUGAGACUCGACCCCCUGGUCCAUAAGAAAAAAACACAAGGUGAGCUCCAGUGAAGGACAGGUUAUUAAAAGAGCUGUGGGAUUUGUACAGUAAAAUAACAUAAAUGUAUAUAAAAGUAGUUGUUAAGGUGGGGUUCUUUGUGGGAAAUGUGGGCUGUGGGUCUCUGACCUCAGAGAGAGACACUCCUGUGUGCCAGGAGGAGAGAACAUGUUAUAUAAAUAUAUUUAUAUACUGUAUGUAUGAUCCACUUACUUUCACUGCUACAUCCAGUCAGCUUGUUUUUCACUCUGUAAAUACAUGUGUCUCUUUUCUGUCUGUUCUUACAUUAUGUUCUCUGUUUGGAGUCCGUAAUUGUACGAAACAAUGCCGUUUUAUUGAAAAUCCUGAACCGUGUAUAAAACAAAAGGACACACUGAA